UAAAUACGAAUGCAAAUCAUUUCGCAACGUGCAGAUAGAGAAGUUAUGUUAGUUAAAUUAUAGUGAAGACCUGCUUGGAAAUUAAAAGUAACAAACAUGGCAACUGGGUCUUUUCCUUUCAUAGAGAACGGCGAUCCUCGACUACAACUAACGUUGGAAAAUAGAAUAAGAAAUAUUUUUGAAACGCAGUUGGAAGAAACCAGACAUUCAGAAAAUGUCAACUACAUACCUGUCUUAACCGAGGCCCCUGGCAAAAUCUUAGAGACAGGGGUGAACACCUUGCAACGGACCCUGGUUCUGAAAAAGCAGGUUGAAUUGGACGAAGUGGACCGGCAGCUAUCAUUGAAACACCAAGAGUUUAAAAUCCUCAUUCAGACUCUGAGUCAGCGAAGCGCUGAACUGCUCCGGAAACACCAGGAGACUAAAGAAAAAGCGAAGAAGUUUGAAAAGUUUGUGGAGGAUAAUGAAGGGAAGCGACGGCGGGCUGUGAAGAAAUACCAAACGGCACGAGAACAAAAUACCCUGAAGAAGCGGGAAAUUGAAGACAUAGUCCAGCAGCUGCUGCAACUUAAAGUCAGGCAACAGGGAUUAAAAGGCAGAGUGGCCAAAUACAAAAUCUACGAGGACUACUUGAUGAAACUGCUGGACUAUCUCCCUGAAAGUUACCUGGACUAUGGGAACGAGUCUCCGAUCAUGCCGCUGAUUCAUCGCCACGAGACGCUGUCGGUCACCAAGCAGGAACUGGAGCAGCGGGGUGGGCAGCUGGUCCAGGAGCUGGAGCAGGGCCAGAGACACCUGGACCUUCAGAAGCAGCAGCGCAAGACGGACCAGCUGAUGAACAACAGGGCCCUGUCUGACCUCCAGGGUCAACUGGACAUGCUGAAAGAGCAGAAAAAGCAGCGGGAAAUGAACCUGCUCAUGGACCAAGGCCACCAGAGAGGCCAGGUGGAAGAAGUGGCGAGCCUGCUCAUUGCGGUCAGGAACCUAGGAGGGCAGUGCCAUUUAAAUACAUACGGACCGCUGGAAGACAUGGACUUGUUAAGAAUGAUGGACAUGGUCCAAGAAUACAUACUAGAGACCAGAGACACGGAGAGGAAAGCCACCAGACUGAUGCAGCAUGGGGGGGGGGCCAGUUGGACGGACUUAGCCGCCGCAUUCAGCCAAGGAGCUGCGCCCGCAGUGAAAAACAGCAGCAGCAAAACACUCAUUAAAAGUCCAAGCAAAUUCAGCCAGAAGAGUGGAAUAUCUAUAGUUCAUUAGACUCUUAUGGAGGGAAUCUAUAAGUUGAGUCGAAGAGUAUUUAGGUUAUUCAGAUAACUUUAUUAAUCCUGGGGUAUUCUGUUUCUAUAACAAUUGCUUUGUUGAAGAUAUACACAAUACAAAUAUUCUAAGUACAAAUUAUGAAACACAAAAGGUACGGUAAUACAAAUAUGGAAAUGUGUAAAUAAAUACAAAAAAUGUAUAUUAAGUAAACAUAAAAAAUAAAAAAUAAACUAUUAUGUGCACCUUUAGCUCCACAACCCCCCUUCAUACUUAUACCUAUCAUGCUGAUUUUUUUGAUAUAAUU